AUUUUAAUGAUGGAUACGAUAAUAAUUUAGAAAAAGAAAGUAAAUAUUUUUUAAUAAAUAUUUGGAAAAGCGUAUAAAAUUUGUUAAAUAAUAAAUUGAUUGUUUUAAAAACUAUGAACUCGAAGCCUGUUCUGACUUAUUCAGGUGUAGGACCUUUAUUUAAGUCAUUGGAGCCGCAUAUUGUUUCUAGUAUUCCUCUGGAUACUUGUGAGUGGAGACGAGCUUUUGGAAGGCCAUCGAAAAAUGUUCGCCUUGAAGCAGUUUUUCAACCAUUUUCAGAAACACCCUUGGAAAAAUUUAAAAAAGGUGAAUGGAGCAUUCAGGAGCAUCCAGUUUUACACAUUUUUAUAACAGAAUGCGCGGAUGUUGAUACAUAUAAAAAUAGUGUUAAAGAGGAGAUCGAUGCAUGGUUAAAAGUUUUGAAUACAUAUUAUAUUGCAGAUUGGAUGAUCUUGUUAGUUGAAACAAUUGAUGCAAGAAAAACAAAGAAUAUAAUACCAAGAACCACUGUAUUAGAUAAAAUUCGACUAGAUUUUGCCUCGAAAAAUGGUGAUAGAUGCAUAUCGGUACUUAACCCAGCGAAAUUCGAACAAAAAUCUACGGAAUCUUUUCGCUGUCUAGUGCAAAGAAUAAGACAUUUAAUGUUGUCCAGUUAUAGUAAAAAUAUUGUUAAAUAUGAGGAGCUGAUUCGUGUAAAUAGGGAAAAAAGAAACCACGAGAAUUGGGAUUUUAUUAAAUAUUUUUUGUUGCAAGAAGACUUAGCUUUAAUUCUAGAAAAAUUAGAAUUACAUUCCGAAGCUCUUAUUCAAUAUGACGAAUUAGAUGCAAUGUUUUCUCAAUUUGUUACCAAUUCUGGGUUCGGUGAAAAACAGAAAUGGUUGGAAUCAUUCCAGCAUUCUUCAGCUUCAUUUCAUGGCAUAUCACUGCAUCGUCAAGAUAAAUUUAGUAUUAGAGAAAAAAUAAAAAAUGUGGAGGUAACAUUUCUAGAAUUUCGAAAUUAUUUAUUUGAAAGACAAGCGCAUCUGCUAAUAUUAAUGGAAAAGCAUGCAGAAAUUGCAGACCGUUUACUCCCGUUUUUAUUUGGUACUAUUAGAGAAAUUGAAGUGCUCAAGGUUGAUGUCAUUGAAGGUGCAUUAUCAUGUUGGCAAUUUGUUUGCUCUUUGGAAGUUUUAGACGUAUGUGAUCAAGUAAUGGAGUCUAAUCAAGUUGAAUGUUUUAAAAAGUGUGCGCCGAUAUGGAAUUUAGCUAAAGAUAAGUUAUAUGAUUUAGGGAAAUUAUGUGGAUUGUUACCUGGAUUCACUCCAAGCUCAGAACAAUUACAUAUUGUUGUUCAGCUCUCAGCUGGUAUAGGUGAUGCUCCAAAUGCGCAGAAUUUUUUAGAUCCUACACCACAAAUUGAAAAAUCUCAUUCUCCAAGUCGAAAACCUAAAAAAAGUUCUACAGAAAAACUGAAAGAAGCAUUAGGUUCAAAUCAAGGUUUUCAAAAACUUUAUUUAGAACUUAGUGAACUAGCUAUUUCUACGUAUAAACAUGUUUCACGUUUAAGAUCAGCACGAUUAGUUGGCUUAGAUUUGGGAAAUUUUUACUGUGCUUUGAAUGAGCCUCACAAAGCUGUUGUUUUUUUCACGGACCUUUUAAGAGAGUUAAAAGCAGAAUCAUGGACGGCAUUAGCUAGUCAAACUUUAUUGGAAUUAGCUAAUUGCUUUCGUAAGAUGGAAGAUUUACUAGCGUACACUAAAACUUGUUGUACCAUAUCAUGUUGCUUAGAUUUGGAAGUACUUGUACGCACGUUUUAUUUUGAUGAAUUUUUAAAAAGUUUAAAAAAUUUGCCACAAAUUUUAAAAGUUGAAAAUGAUGCCAAUCCCUAUUUUUGUAUAUUGGAAGAACAUUUCAAAAUCUGUGCGAUCGAUGUGCUAAAUGAGGGAAUUAUAAUCCAAGAUGAUAUGGUUAUAGUACAGGUUAAAUUAGAAAGUAAUUUUCCCAGAGAAAUAUAUGUAGACAAGAUUUUAUUAUCUUACGAGAUGUCCUCAAAUAAUAAUGCCAACGAUUUACCAUCAGUUGAUUCAAUUUCUAAUAAUUGUUUUUUAAACUCAAAACAAGAAGUUUUUCUUCAUUUAGAAUACAAACAGGACAAUACUCUGUCUUCAGCAUCUGUUCGUUGUGAUGUACAGAAAAGCUCUAAACCUGUUAGAAGAACAAGCAGUACAAGAAGAAAGAUAUCUCCAACAAUUAGAGCGGAUUUUACCAACUGUUUUGCUGUUGAUCCUUUAGUUAUACAUCCUGGUAAUAAUUUAAUUGAACUUAAAGGGAAGGCUCUAAGGGUUGGGAUUUGGAACUUUAAACAGCUUUCCAUUAAAAUGCGGCAGUUGGAAUUUUUAUCUGAUAAGAUACCUAUAAAAUUAAAACCAUUUGAAUUCACAACUAAGGCAGCUUCAGCAAUAUUAUGUUUCAAAAAUUUAAUAGCUGGUAUUGAACAACCUGUAACUUUAUUUGUUUCCGGUGGAAGUUUUAUUUUCCCUCCAGAUGCAAAAAUUACUCUUAAAUGCUCAAAACACUUGAAAAUAAGACCUAACAUAGAUAGUUCAGAAGAGACGAAAUUUGAAAAUUUAAUAAAUUGUCCUCUACCAAAUUUCAAGUCGUUUGAAGAACGUACUAUUCCAUUAAUUGUUUUAACUGACUUACCAGGAUGUAAUACGGAUAAACACAUUGAGCAUGCCAUAACAUUGAAUUGUCCUUGGUCCCGCAAUGAUUUAGAUAUUCCAUUGCAUUUUAUGCCUGCAAUGACUGCCUCAUGUCGCUUACAUACAUGCAAUACCCAAAAAUUUCUGCAUGUUUGCUUAAAAGGCUUGGAAGCACAUUUAAUUUUAUCUGGAACACAGAUGAAAUGCGACACUAAAGGAGUAAAUUUAGUUGAUUUGAAUCCAAAAAGUCAAAAAACAAUUGAAAUAUACAAAAAUUUAACUGUGUCAUUUUUAUGGGAAUUACAAGUUGAGCCAUUGAAGACUGAAAAUGAGAUGCCGGUUAUAAAAGUUCACUUUUCUACAAAAUACGCUAGCUACAAUAAACCAGAUGUUCAAAGGAACUAUGCAUGCGCAUUUGAUGUUCGAGAUUAUACGACAUUAUUUAAGAUUCAAGCGAAAAUUGAAUCAAAUGAACUAUGCCGUGUCGGCUCAGUUUGCAAUUUAAAUUUAAAAAUAACAAAAAUGCAUGAUAAUCCAUAUAAUGAUUUGAUGUACGAAGUGUUGGCUGAUCAAAAUAUGUGGGCGGUAUGUGGCAGAACAGCAGGUGUUGUUUCAAUGAACAACGUAGAAAGUCAUUCGAUUUCAUUGGAUGUGCUGCCAUUGAGUGUAGGUUUUUUGCCAAUGCCAAAUGUUCGACUUUCUAAAUAUAUUUCAGGUGGUAAAAAUAAGCAAGAUGUACAUCCAAAAUUGCAACCAUUUCCACCAGGACAAGUCUAUAAUUCCACCAAGAGUAUGCAAAUUCACGUUUUAGCGGGUACUACAGUUGAAUAACAUUUAAUGUAAAUUUAGAUACAUAAAUGUAGAUUUUAUAUAUUUAUAUUUAUAUAGGUAUAUAUGUAGCAAAACAAUAUGAUAUAUACAUGUAACAAAAAUAUACAUAUUGUAUGCAUAUAUGUAUUAACAUAAUAUACAUAUAUAUAUACAUUAUGUUACAAAAUGUGCAUUAUAAACUCUAAGCUUUUCUCAUUUGAUUAUUAAUUAUUAAGGGAAAUU